AUGAUCAAGCUUCCCGUCAAGCUGGUAAAUGAUGAUCCAAAGCAAGUGGAGAAGCAGGGAUAUAUGGAUAUUCCUUUUUUGGAUCCACAUGAUAUUCUGCACUAUGUGCAUUCCGAACUUCAGCUGACGGUUGAACCUGAGUCUGUGCAGAGUUACUGGCGACGAGCUGCUGAGACAGGUGUCGGCUGGGCAACCCAGCAGCACAACUAUGAUGCAAUUCCUGUGGGGAUUUAUGCCGAUGAAACCAAAUAUGGGCUGCAUGAAUCACAAGAAAAAAUCCUGGCGGUUUUCAUAAAUUUAGUAUUGUUCCGGCCCCAGAAUAUUCGCUUGAGUCGUUUCUUGGUUUGCACGAUCCGCUCCAAAUUCUUGUUGCCUGGUACCGCGACAUUGAAUCCGAUCCUUCAGCGGGUUGUAUGGUCCAUGGGGUGGGCCAGCAAAGGAAUCUUCCCCACGACGGGUUUCAUGGGAGGCAAGUUGUCGGCUAGCCAAGAAAACAGGGCAGGACAAUCCUUGGGUGCAGUUUUUUAUGUUACCGAGCUUCGUGGCGAUCUGGCUUGGCACAAAUUGGCUUUGGGCAUUGGGGAUGGUUGGCAGUCGACAUGCAUGUGCUUUUUCUGUGAAGCCACGGCCACGGGUCGCAGAAAAGAUUUAUACUUCGAACACGUUGGCGAUGCGGCACCGUGGCGACGCACAAUUUUUCGAGACACUUUGGAAUGGAUGACAGCCAAGCUGGAUCUAAACAACCUCUGCCCUUUCGUAUUGCUCCCGAACUUUAGCAUCGAUGCUAUUCGCACAUGUUCGAUGCACAAUGUGAACCUUGGGCUAUUGUUCACCGCAAACGGAAGCAGCCUGCUCUGUGGUAUAAAAUAG